ACCAUGCAUAGCAAGAAAUAAUACGCUAAAUCAGAUCAUGACAACUUAAAAUUGACCUGUGGAGUGAUAAAAUUAUGUUAUUCUGCAGAAUUGGUUAAGUUGUUCGUUACAGCGACGAAUUAUGAAGGUAAUACGGGUUUUUAGCAAAUUCUAUGCGCGUAUAGGCUAGAUGCUGCAUCUAACUGAUGAUGCUUCUUAUUAGUCAGUCGCAGAAGUACCAGCUAAACUGACUAAAAUCAAAGUUGUUAGUAUGGCUCACUCAGUCUUCCAUGAUAAAAAGCAACUGAACACGUGAAAAAAAUAAGCUUCACAAAUGUAUUUUUGUGAAGAGUAAAAAAAAAACGCUUUUCGAGAUAGCGUUGGGAGCUUUAGACGAUGGCAACUGUCUGCAGAUAACUGAAGCGCCAGCCCCGGCAAAGCAAGGACAGCAACGCAUGUAAAGUAGCUAGCUAGGUUACUAGACUACUAGACUAGCUUUAAUAAUGAACUGAAAAAAUACGAAGUAUUGGUUCGGAUCGGCAAGGUUUACCAUAAAUUAAUGUGGAUAAUAGUCGAAUGAUUCUAGAAAACUAUACAAAUCUAAGUAAUGGAAACAAAAGAAGAGAAUAUCGUCAGGCCGACAAAUCCAGCGAGUUUCCUUGCAGGGGAGACCGGCUCCAAAGAACAAAUUCCGGGAUGUUUCACCAUUGAUUUCACGGUGGCCGUGGUACUUCCAGCCGGUGGAUCUGGAGAGAGAACAGGACUGUCGACACCAAAACAGUUCUGCACGUUUCUUAAUAGACCACUGAUAAGCUACACGAUUCAAGCCUUUGAGAGAAUAACAUGGAUUGAAAACAUUGUUGUUGUCGUUGCCAAAGAUAGCAUUGAUCUGAUGGUGAAAAUUGUUCAGAAAUUUGGUCACCAAAAAGUUAAAGUGGUGCUGGGGGGGUCAACGAGACACAAGUCCAUUUUUAAUGGGCUGCUGGCCUUUGAGGAAAGGGAAGGGGAGUCAGCACUGAAAAAGCCAAAGGUGGUCAUUAUCCAUGAUGCUGUCAGGCCAUUUGUUGAAGAGGACUUCCUUCUCAAGAUAGCAAUUGCAGCUAAGCAACAAGGGGCCUCUGGAGCUAUAAGACCUCUUGUAUCCACGGUGAUUGCUACAACAUCUGAGGGCUACCUGGAUCAUUCUUUGGAAAGAGCCAAAUACAGAGCAAGUGAGAUGCCCCAGGGCUUCCUCUAUGACAUCAUCUAUCAGGCUUAUGUGCAGUGCAGCGAGACGGAUUUUGAGUUCGGGACAGAGUGUCUCCAUCUGGUCCUGCAGUACUGCGGUACCAAUGCCAGACUCAUCGAAGGCCCCCACACUCUGUGGAAGGUGACCUACAAACAAGAUCUUUUUGCUGCUGAAUCGUUAAUUAAAGAGACGCUUGCCCAGACGGCCUGUGUUGUCACAGGCCUGUGUGAGGAGUCAACGCGGUUAGCGGGUGCGCUGCAGAAGACACUGGCAUCUCAGGACAUGCAUGUGGACAUCGUGCCGACUUCACAGAGAAGCAGCGGCACGUUCAUUGCAAAGACCUGGAACUUCGUCCAGGUCACAGUGAAUGGUGCUGGUUUGGCUGACGCAGAAGAGCUGUUGAAGACAUUUGAGGAGACUGCUCAUUCAGUUCUGUAUUCAGUUGUUCUGAUUUUGGUGCAUUUAGGCGUGUCGGAACAGACCUCUGCCAGCGAGAGGAUGGCAGCGCUGGGCGGCAUCAGGAACCUUGCAGCGGAAGCGAAAAGGAAAAAUAUUUUGCUUUACGGCAUCCUGCUCGAUCGCGUAAAGGAUGCGGAACGGUGGGAAGAGGCUGUGGAGAACCUGUCCCAGAUCACUGCCGCCCUCAUCAAGGAGCGUAACCCUGCUCUCACUGGACAGCUGCUGUGGGCGUGAAGACCGCCUCAACCCCCGUUUAGCAGCCUCGCAUUGAAAAAACACUUCUCCUUUCUGUUAGGCACCACAGUUCUGUACCCUACUGAAUUAAUUACCGGACUGCUGAGGGUCCAGACUGUGCAGCAAGACAGGUGCUUUACAUACAUGGUUACCUGUGUUUUAUACACUACUGAUAGGAGAGCUGUUAUAUUGGAGUGUUAUUAAAGGACUGCAUUUGACAACAGCUGUUUAUUACUUCCCUCAGCUCUUAAUGCAUACGAACUUGGAUGGAAUCCUUCGCCUGUUGGCUGCAAACACUCCGCUUCAUGUGCUGAGGAGGCACGUACUCCAGAAUAGAAUAUGCAGUACAAUAUGUGCCACAACCCUGCAGUUCCAGCUGUGGCCUGAUCAGUUUGAUAUGUUCAGUUUUGGUGACAAUUGAGAGCCUUCAAUUCUGAUAUAGAAUAUGAGCAAACAUGGAACUAAUAAGAAAGCAAAUGUUCACAGCAUAAUUUAUCUCCAUAGAUAUGUAGUAGAUUCUUAAGUAAAUCCCAUUUUUUAUAUUUUUAAAGGAAUAAGUAACGUUCACAUCAUUGGACUUUUCCAUUAUAUUCUUAUGUAGAUGAAAUCAUAUGAAAAUUUUGCAAUAGAUUGUAUCCUCUCCAAUUCAAAAUGGAUUUGAUUUCAGUUGUGCAGUGAAUAAAAAAUGUAGAGAAGCCCAGGGUGUUUGAUGUGGUAGUCUUUGUUUGGGGAUCCUCUUUUCCAGCACAUUUGCCAAGACGAUUAUGUGUGCAUGAUGACUCCCUUUCCAUACAAGAAAGUAAAGUGGCUUCUGUUGAUAUAUUAUCAUAUAAUAGACAAGAUUGAAGUAACCCAUCCAGGAGGGGGAGUGUUUAUCACUUAAUCAAAGACCCCACACAUCACUUGAGCUCAUAAUCAAGUAGAUCAAGCAGCUUUCUGGUGAGGAAGCUUGUUUUCCCGCCCUUAAUUCCUAGCUUUGUGUAACUAUGGAGCUAAUGGAGUUUGGGGAAUUAGUGUUCAUCCUUGCUUUCCACUGUUGUCUGCAGUCACAACACUGAAUAUGAUGUGGAUGUUUUGCUGAAUCAAGGUUAUGCUACUCAGGAGCUGUACAGACAAAAACAUCAAAGAGCCUCUCGGCACAGAUUCUGCUGAAUUCCAUGCGAGACUAUUCAGUGUGAUUAUAUUUCUUACCUUGCUGAACUCUUUAACACUUUCUGGAUUCUGGACUCAGUUCCUUAUUCUUUCAGCUACUUUGAUGAAGUGCGUGCCCAUCGGCACAAUACAAAAUAUCUCUUACCUUGGCCAGGGAGGUUGACCAAACCACUCUUGCACAUUGCUUCAGAACUCAACAGUUAACAUUGACAUCGGUAUUCAAACAUACAUUGAUCUCUGGCUUACCAUAACAAAGCCUGUCUCAAUAAAUCACUGUUAAACUCCUA